CUUUGGCUCCCAGCUCCCGAGUACUAUCAGAUAGUUUGCCUCCGCCCGGCCACCGUCCGCGUCAGCGUUCAGCUUAUUUUGUCCUCCGGCCGCCACCGUUUCGGGUUACUCACUGAUCCGAGUUGUGAGGGAGAGGUGUCUGUUUCGGGGAAGCCGGCUUGUGUCGCCGGCGCCAUGGAGUCGCCUUUUAGUCCGGUUCUUCCUCAUGGACCAGAUGAAGACUGGGAGUCUACAUUGUUUGCUGAACUUGGCUAUUUCACAGACACUGAUGAUGUGCAGUUUGAUGCAGCACAUGAGACUUAUGAAAAUAAUUUUGAUCAUCUUAAUUUUGAUUUGGAUUUGAUGCCUUGGGAAUCAGACUUAUGGAGCCCCAGCAGCCACUUCUGCUCAGACAUUAAGGCAGAGCCCCAGCCUCUUUCUCCAGCUUCCUCCAGUUGCUCCAUCUCCUCUCCUCGGUCCACAGACUCAUGUUCUUCAACUCAGCAUGUUCCUGAGGAGUUGGAUUUGUUGUCUAGUUCUCAGUCCCCCCUUUCCUUAUAUGGCGACAGCUGUAAUAGCCCCUCUGUAGAGCCACUGAAGGAAGAGAAGCCUGUCACUAGUCCUGGAAACAAAACGGAACAUGGACUGACUCCAAAGAAAAAAAUUCAGAUGAGUUCAAAACCUUCAGUUCAGCCCAAGCCUUUAUUACUUCCAGCAGCGCCCAAGACUCAAACCAAUGCCAGUGUUCCAGCAAAAGCCAUCAUCAUUCAGACACUACCAGCCCUUAUGCCACUGGCAAAGCAGCAGUCGAUUAUCAGCAUACAGCCUGCACCCACCAAAGGUCAGACUGUUUUGCUCUCUCGGCCCACUGUGGUUCAACUUCAGAGCCCUGCAGUUCUGCCGUCCACUCAGCCAGUUCUUGCUGUCGCUGGAGGAGCCACACAACUACCUAACCAUGUGGUGAAUGUGGUGCCAGCCCCUGUGGUAAACAGUCCGGUGAAUGGAAAACUUUCUGUGACUAAACCUGUUCUACAAAGUGCCACCAGAAGCAUGGGUUCGGAUAUCGCCGUGCUGAGGAGACAGCAGCGGAUGAUAAAGAACCGAGAGUCUGCUUGUCAGUCACGCAAGAAGAAGAAAGAGUAUAUGCUAGGACUGGAGGCCAGGCUGAAGGCUGCCCUCUCAGAGAAUGAGCAGCUGAAGAAGGAGAAUGGCUCCCUGAAGCGACAGCUGGACGAGGUGGUGUCAGAGAACCAGAGGCUCAAAGUCCCAAGUCCAAAGCGAAGAGCUAUCUGCGUGAUGAUAGUAUUAGCAUUUAUAAUGCUGAACUAUGGGCCCAUGAGCAUGCUGGAGCAAGAUUCCAGGAGAGUGAAACCUAGUGUGAGCCCUGCCAAUCAAAGGAGGCAUCUCUUAGAAUUUUCAGCGAAAGAAGUUAAAGACACAUCUGAUGAUGACAACCAGAAAGACAGUUACAGAUAUGAUCAUUCUGUAUCCAAUGACAAAGCUUUAAUGGUGCUAAGUGAAGAACCAUUACUUUAUAUCCCUCCACCUCCAUGUCAGCCCCUGAUUAACACGACAGAGUCUCUCAGGUUGAACCAUGAACUUCGAGGCUGGGUUCAUAGACAUGAAGUGGAAAGGACCAAGUCUAGAAGAAUGACAAAUAGCCAACAGAAAGCCCGCAUUCUCCAGGGUGCUCUGGAACAGGGCUCAAAUUCUCAGCUGAUGGCUGUCCAAUACACAGAAACCACCAGCAUCAGGAAUUCUGGGAGUGAGCUGCAAGUGUAUUACGCCUCACCUGGAAGUUACCAAGGCUUCUUUGACGCCAUCCGCAGGAGGGGAGAUACGUUUUAUGUUGUAUCAUUUCGAAGGGAUCAUCUGCUAUUACCAGCUACCACCCACAACAAGACCACAAGACCAAAAAUGUCAAUUGUAUUACCAGCAAUAAACAUAAAUGAUAAUGUGAUCAAUGGGCAGGAUUAUGAAGUAAUGAUGCAGAUUGACUGUCAGGUGAUGGACACCAGAAUCCUUCACAUCAAAAGCUCCUCGGUUCCCCCUUAUCUCCGGGAUCAUCAGAGGAACCAAACCAGCACCUUCUUUGGUUCCCCUCCAACAGCCACAGAGACGACCCACGUGGUCAGCACCAUCCCUGAGUCGUUGCAGUAGUGCCCUGAGCUGCGCUGGACAGCAGAGACUGAAGAGCUGGUGAAUGUGCUGCUCUCUGCCUCCUCAGCAAGCAGAGACUCCAGGGGAAGAGAAAGAGAGAACAAGAAGUGCUCUGCUUGUCACUGUCUACCCAGCGGGGGUGGAACAUGCUAGAGAGCAGUUCUCUGGUGGCAGUGCAGCCCUGUGGGCAGUGUCGCCUGGUGUUGGUUCUGCUGUGUCGUCUUCAGUGCAUUUCCCAAUGUGUGUUUUGUUCUCAGUCAUCUUCCUUCAGGUCAGACCCACUUCCUCUAAUGUCCACUGUACUUCCUGGCACAGUAAAGAGAUUUGUAUUUAAA